GCGCUAGUGUACCACGUCGGUACGCUGCUAGGCGCGUACCGACUACCGUUACAGAUUUGAUAUCACCAUGCGACGACAUCUACUGCUAGGAAUUAACGCUCUUUAUAAAUAUACUAUUUUUGUAUUUUCUCUUCUGAUUCUCUAAUCGUACUCUUUGUUAUCACGCAUUAAUUGUAUUUGAAAAAUAAUAUAGCAAAAACAAUAGAAAAGAAAUAACAAAUCUCUUCUAUCUAGGAAUUUAAGAUCUAUGAUAUUUGUGUAUAUGUUUGCGCAUUGAUGAUUAUUGUAAUUCACACGUGACAUGGACAAAGUUCAAAUCUGGAAGCAUCAGGAGAUGUACUAUGAUAUCGUGAUUGAAAGAAGAUAUCAGUCAUUCGAUUAUGGAAAUUAAUAGUUUAUCGCUCGUAUUUUAAUGUCAAAUUCGAUUAAAAUAUAUUACAGUAUUUUCUGAUUUGUACAUAUCCUCUGAAGGAUGGAACAAUGAAAUCAAGUGUGUUGCUGUAUCCUAGAAGAAUUUCGUAUUCCUUUCGUUGUUCUAUCGCAUAAGUUAUGAAUCACCAGAAGACAACUCUUAGAAGACAUUGGUAAACAAAUGUAGUAAACGAUGUCUACGAAGAAUGUAGUCGAUUGGACAACCAACAAUGUUAGUGUUUGGCUCGCUGAAAAUGGACAUUCACAUUUUAUAUUAUUAUUUAAGAAGCACGACAUAGAUGGUAAGGUACUUCUAACUUUGAAAGAAGAAGAUAUAAAAUCCGAAGCAAUACAAUCGAAUAAAACAAUAGGAGACUUAAAAAGAUUGUAUAUCAGUAUUAAACAAUUGCAAAGAGACAAUGUUGCAAUGCUUUUUGAAUUGGGAUGCGUUGAUCUGUUUACAACGCCACAUUUUUAUGGUCAUCACAAGCACGAAAUGCCCAGCGUUGUUACAAAUAAUGAAGGUUCUAUAGAGAAUGAAUUUUAUUCUGCUUCGGUAUCAGAAGAUGGACACGCGUCUCAUUUACCUCCUGAAAUAUGGAAAGCGUUUAUCAGUUUAGCAUAUUUAUUUAUCGUUACUUGGAUUACUGCCUUUGUAAUGGUAAUAGUGCACGAUCGAGUGCCAGAUAUGAAAAAGUAUCCACCUUUACCAGAUAUAUUUUUGGAUAACGUUCCUCAUAUUCCAUGGGCAUUCGACAUGUGCGAAGUUACUGGCACUAUACUUUUUGCUAUUUGGCUUAUCGUUCUUAUUUUUCACAAGUAUAGAUUUAUUUUAUUACGAAGAUUUUUCGCCCUCUCUGGGACAGUCUUCUUAUUGCGAUGCGUUACAAUGCUCAUCACAUCUCUUUCUGUUCCCGGAGCACAUUUACAAUGCCAACCAAGGAAGGUGCCAGACGAAGAUUGGACUAGUUCUGCAUACGUGGAGUUAUAUAAUAAAAUUGCAAUGGCUUAUGUUAUCUGGCGUGGUGCUGGUAUGUCCAUACAAGGUGUUAGAACUUGUGGAGAUUACAUGUUCAGCGGUCAUACAGUCGCAUUAACUAUGCUGAAUUUUUUUAUCACUGAAUAUACUCCAAGACAGCUCUACUUCCUUCAUACCUUUACAUGGAUGCUUAAUAUGUUUGGUAUAUUUUUUAUCUUGGCUGCACAUGAACAUUAUUCCAUCGAUGUGUUUGUAGCAUUUUAUAUAACUUCGCGAUUAUUUUUAUAUUAUCAUACUUUGGCGAAUAACCAAGCAUUGAUGCAACGUGAUUCGAAUAGAACUAGAAUUUGGUUUCCACUUUUUAGUUUCUUCGAAUCGUCCGUCGAUGGAAUCGUUCCAAACGAAUAUGAGUCUCCAUCGUUAAUUGUUUAUAAUUUAGUUUGUAGAGGGAAAGAUAUGUGCAACUCUAUACGAUCGUUUAUCUAUUUUCGAAAGCCGUUUAGUAAUGUAAAUGGUAACAUAAACAAUAUAAAAAAGGAACGCUAAUAAAAAAUAUAUCUAUAUAUAAAUAUGCA